AUGGCAGUUUUGUCGUUAACUGGCAACUUGAUAGUUUCUUUUAAAGGAACUGAUGAUGAAGCUUAUUACAAAGAUGUAGUAAGAUGCUACGACGUUGACACCGAGUGGUUAAAUAAAGGAUAUGUGCAAACAAUGGAUGAGCAUUUGGUCAAUGCUUUAGUAACCAUCACAUCUCCAUUGCUCACAACGGCGGCGUUUGUAGGGAUGGGAGAAAUCGCAACCCCUGAGGCAUUCCAAUGGUUACAAUCAAAACCUAGAAUCUUCAUGGCCCCCUCAACAAUAUUCCGAGUUAUCAAUGACAUACAGAGCUGCAAGAUAAGAAGAAUAAAAAAUGCAUACUUUGACCAAGUGUUGAUUGGAGCUACAAGGAACGCACCAGGUCUAUCCGACAAAAACAAUGACGGUGGAAUUUCCUUUCCAAACAAUGCUUACUGCAUUUUGUUGUUGAUCGAAGUAAAAGAAGCUUGGAUUGUGUCUUAUAACUUUCUCCUCCUACCAUGCUGCUGUGUACGUGGUAAUGGAAGUAAAAUGGAUAUUUUUGACCAAGGCUGGGCCCAACUGACUGAUUUCUCAACGAGGGCUUUUCCAAUGUUGGGCUUCCGGUAUGAAGGACGGCAAGUGACUCCAUCUGUGUCGAAGUUUCCGAGGAGCAAGAGUGUUUGCGAUAGAGAGCCGAGGAUCCCUAGGAGUCCCUACAACACAGCUGAGAAGAAAAGUGUGACUCCACCGCCAAGCUUGCGCAAUGCAAGAGCGGCAACUUCUCUGAAAAUGGGGGCUGGGGAUGCACAGAAUUCAGCAAACUCAAGGGUGGUGGUGGUUUCGCAACCGGAGUCUCAGUCCAGUAGCGACAACAAAAGUCUGGAAAUGAAUUUGCCUGGAAAGCUAAGCAUGUUGGGAAAGGAAGCAAUGCAGCAGAGAGAAACAGCACAAAAGGUUGCCCUUCAAGCACUAAGAGAUGCUUCAGCCACCGAAAAUCUAGUCCGGCCCCUCAAGAUGUUUUCAAACUUAAGCAAAACUGCGAAAUCAGAUGCACCGGCAGCCUGUUUCGAUCAGUUCCUGGAUUUUCGUACCCAAAUUGUGCUAGCAGUAGCUGAAAUGGUGUCCAUUCAAGCAGCAACAGCAACUGAAAUGGCCCAAACCCCGAACACAAAACAACCUGAAGAAGACUCCUCCAUCUUAAAUGAACUCCCUCACAACUCCUUGGACCCGAAAGCAUCAUCCAAAAGAAGAAAUGUACUCUACAAAUCAAUCGCAUUGUUUCCUGAACGAAGUGAUCAGAAGACAAUCUUAGGGAAGCAUGUGAGAUCAUCAUGUCUCAAGGUGGUGCCCACUCCUCCCUCUUCCGAAAACGAUGAAAACAAGGCUACUUGCUGCAGCCUUGAGAAUACGAUCAAGUUGGGGAGGCAGAUUGAGACAGAAGCGGGAAACUGGUUCAUGGAAUUUCUCGAGAAAGCUUUGGAGACGGGUCUGAAGAAAACGAAGGGGAGAGUAGAGGGAGAUGCGCAAAAAGUUCCUCAGUCGCUUAUAUUGAAGGUUAUCAACUGGCCAACUGGGUGGAAGUCGAACAGUGUGAUUCUAGCAAAAGGCCUGUGCAUCCUAGAACGGCGCAGGCGACCGGGAAGUUAAGGAUCAAGAUGAAGAAUCCUUGAAUGGGGGCAAUAUAAUGUUAGGGUCAUAUUGUAGAAGAGAUUGUGUUUAGUCAGUGGUGUGAAAAAUUAAUUGUGGCUUUCUUGCUAUUGUUUAAUUCUUUGGAGAUCGAUCAUGGUGAAAUUGUGUGAUG